AUGUCACUGUCGCCGCAAAAAUCUGCCAAUACCGUGUCAUCGUCUUCACGUGUUAUUGAUUCAUUGCAGUCUACAAUUGACAAACUAACGGAUGAGAUAACCACUUUAAAGCAAAACAACCAAGAAACUACCAAAAAGAAUCAGAUUCUUAGUCAAAGAAAUGAGUCCUUUGUCGAUCAAGUGGCCAAUCUAAAACACGAAAAUGAAAUGUUGAAUGCCAUGUUGAAGCGUAAAGAUCGCCGUAUUGCCGAUUUAGAAACCCAAAACAAUGAAAUGUCGAGCACAAAGGAGACUGCUGAGUUUCAGUAUAAGCAAUUGAAGUUGAGGUGUGAAAAUUUGGCCUCCAACAGUGACAAAACUAUGGCCGAGUAUGAAGGGUUGAAAAUAUCUUAUGAUGCUUUGGUUACCAGCUGUAAGGAGUAUAAACAACAUUACAAAAAGGAGAUCGAAACCAUUAGUGAGAAUUUUGAAAAUUACAAAACUUCCAACUUGGCCAAAUGGGAAGAGUUGCAAAAACUGAUUUCAAGUAAUGAUAAAGAUGUUGAUAUCUUGUUGGAUUCAUUGGGCAAUAAGAAAAAGUCAAUGGACAACAUCUAUGUUCAAAAGAAUACCAAGAUUUUGCAACUUUUAACUACAUUGGCCAACUUGGUUAAAUCACAUGGUCAAGAAAGUAAACAAGUUCUUACUGAAUGCACAGAAACCAUUGAUUUUUUACUAAACAAAUAUCCCGAUUUAAACGAACAGAUAUCCCAGCAUGAACAAGUUGAAAUUGAUAUAAAUUCAAUGCUUCUUGAGUCAAAGGAAACUUUGAAUAAUACAUCGUUUGAUGACGAGGAAGUAACCUUGAUACACUCACCUGAUUUAGACAAUGCAACAGCACCGGCCACAAAUACAUUGACUAAAUCCGCCUCAAUAAGAAGAAAACUGAAAAGAUAUAGCUCCAUUUCAAACAAUUCAUCUAAUUCCCCAUCACCAAAAUUACCACAUUCAGCACAAUAUCCCCAUAGCCGCCAUUCGAGCCAGCACAAUCAACAUACCCAGCACGCUACACCGUAUUCCACAACGCAAAACCAAGCAUACCAACACCCGCAUUCGCACGCACGAUCACAAUCUCAACUGGACCCGCACAGAAAACCUGCAAUAAACAAUAACCUCAUCAACACCAAUAAAUCAAAACACAAGAAUGGCACAAAGAGCUAUGAUGGGUUAUGCAAUGGUGAACGCGACAACGGCAGUAGCAAUAGCAAUGGCUACAAUGACAAAGCUGGCAGGAGAAGAUCAGGAUACUUUGGCAACUCCAAUAAAGUGGGUAAUGGAGCUAAAAAUAAACGAAACUCACAAAUUAUAGAUCAAACAAUAUAG